CAUUUGGCGUGUAAAAGUGAGCUUAAGCUCUGUACAUUUCCACAAAAUCCAUAGUUCCCGAGAAAUGAAAUCGCAAUUCAGUUCAAUAUUUAGCGUUUUGAUCAUAAUUUCGGCCGCAUUUAUCGCUUCAUUGGAAGGAGAAAAUGAUGUUCCAGAAAAGUAUUACGAAAGAUGCGACAAGUACUAUGGUGAAUGUAAGCCACAAUGUACAAAUGAAGAGGAACUUAAUAUCAAUUGUAUGGAGGAUCCCGAAUACAAAUGCUGUGUCAAAAAACCACCAGGAAUCGAGUUGUGCGUAAAAUAUGGUGGCCGAUGCAGAGAUAAAUGCAAUGAUGAUGAAUAUCGUUUUGACAUUGUCAGCUGUAGCCAGAAAAAGCAGAAAUGCUGCCUCAAAAAAAAUAUUACCCAAUAAUACAUUAUUGUGGAGACCAUAUUCUAUAUUGGAAUGAACCGGUGGUGACGCCAUUAUUUUAUCAAGUUUACAUUUCUUUCUAUGAAUCUCAUGCGAUGAGAAUAUUGUCGAAAAGAUGAAAAAUAAAACAAAUGAAGAAUAACGUUAA